GCGUAGGUGGUACGCGUCUAGCAGCAAAAACGGAUCUUCUUUAAAAAGAAGAGAAACGAUCCGAGUUGAAAGUAUUAAUUGCCUUUUAUUCGUUUGAAUUCAGAGGUUUUAAUAUGGCCAGUGUAUGCUUCUGGCUGGUGGUGUGCUGUAUCGUCGCGAGCAGAUUUUUCACGAGUAUUUUGGGACACCAUGGUGACCAUAGGGAAGAAUGGGUGGUGAGAAUCGAAGGUGGACCACAAGUUGCAACCCUUUUGGCUCUGCAGUCGGGAUACAAGCAUCUUGGACCGGUCCUGGGAUUCAAGGACACGUACGUAUGGCUUAAGGAUGACAGCCGUGGUCAUAAGAAGAGAGGCGGGCUUCGUUUAACAAAAGCUUUGAAUUCCAGCACCAAGAUCAUUUGGGCAGAUCAGCAGAAGGCGAUAGAGCGAUACAAACGCGAUUACAUACCGUUAUCCAGAUACGAUCCGGAGAAACCCUUGAUAAGGGAGAAGAGACUGGAGUUAGAUCGGUAUCAUUUGAAUAGCGUGGAGGAAAAUGACAGAAAUUGGCAAGAAUAUGAGCCAGAUGAUUCUAGGUUCAUGUUCAACGAUGAAUUAUGGGAUCAAGAAUGGUAUUUGCAAGAUACGAGGUUGAACACGGCUCUACCCAAACUGGAUCUAAACGUUCUACCCCUCUAUCGACUGGGGGUAACAGGUCGCGGGGUCAAAAUCGCCGUUUUGGACGAUGGGUUGGAAUACACCCACGACGACCUGCGUAACAAUUACGAUCCAUCAAUUAGUUACGAUGUGAACGAGGGCGACGACGAUCCGUUCCCGCGAUACGAAUCAUCAGAGACGAACGGUCACGGCACGAGGUGCGCGGGAGAGAUAGCAAUGGAGGCGAACAACCGGAAAUGCGGUGUAGGAGUCGCCUUCGAGGCUUCCGUUGGUGGAAUCAAGCUUCUCGACGGUCUGGUGAACGAUCGCGUCGAGGGAGAGGGGCUCGGAUACAAACCAGAACUGGUGGACAUUUACACGGCCUCCUGGGGGCCAGCGGACGAUGGGAGAAGUUUAGAGGCACCGGGAAGACUGGCCGCGGAGGCUCUCGAAAAGGGCAUUACGACGGGCAGAGACGGUAAGGGUAGCAUUUACGUAUGGGCUUCCGGAAACGGAGGCUCGAAAUCCGACGACUGCGGAUGCGAUGGGUACGUAGGAAGCAUUUACACGAUCGCUGUUGGAUCCGCCAGUCAAACUGGACGAUUUCCAUGGUACGGUGAAAGCUGUCCAGCUACAUUAGCGACUACCUAUAGCAGCGGUGCUUAUCACGAUCAAAUGAUAGCGACAACAGACUUGAGAAACACCUGCACGACCAGGCACACCGGCACUUCCGCGUCCGCUCCAUUAGCCGCUGGAAUACUGGCCUUAGCUUUGCAAGUAAACGAGGAUCUGACGUGGAGGGACGUGCAGCAUCUCAUCGUUUGGACCUCAGAGUACAGUCCUCUUAGGGAGAAUCCAGGAUGGUUUAGAAACUCCGCUGGAUUCUGGUUCAACUCACGUUUUGGCUUCGGACUUAUGAACGCGUACACGUUGGUCAUGGCGAGUUCCAAUUGGACAACCGUACCGGGGAAAAUCAUCUGCAAAGUGGACGUCUCUAGAGUAAUUGACAAGAGGCUGGCUUAUGGAGAUACAAGGAAGCUGCGAUUCGAGACAGAAGACGAGUGUCGAUCGACUGGGAACGAGAUAACGUUUUUAGAACACGUAGAGAUCGAGGUCAGCCUCGAGUACAGUCUUCGUGGUGCUCUUCAGAUGCACCUGACUGCACCCUCAGGAACAAAUGUGCAAAUACUAAAACCAAGGAGACUAGACAAUUCAGAUUCGGGUUUCGAGAGUUGGAAGUUCAUGUCAGUGGCAUCUUGGGGUGAAGAUCCACGCGGCACCUGGACCUUAGACAUUCUCGACGAGAUCGGUCCAAAAGAGAAUAAUGGCACAAUAGAAGCGUUUGCGUUGAUUCUACACGGGACAAGGGAGCCUCCGGAGUAUCGUAAAAACGGGCCACGAAUUUACGACCAGGACUACAAUCGAAUUCGAAAAACCGACGAAUUUAUUCAUGCAAAUCGACCAAUAAAACCGGUGUUCGAGGAGGAGGACAACAAACUGGAUUCAGGAAUUCAAGAGGCAACUGAUAUAGACGAAAGAGAUUGGUGGGAUGAAUUUUUAUGAACAAAGGUUCAUCGUUUAAGUUUUCGCAAUUCAAUACCUCGUGUUACUAUUAUAAUAUUCAAAAUUAUUUUUAUAAUUAUUUAUGUAUAUUAAAUUUGUGUUGCCCUCCAGCCACGACCUUGGCAAUUAAUGUUUCCCAAGAUAACUUUUAGAAAAUGAAACAUCAAAUAAUGUUCUCUGUAGAGCAACACUUUCAAAUACCAUUACCCAGCCAAGUGCCUCACUAUUAUUAUCUUGAACAACAUUUCAGAGCAGAAAU